AUGUCUAUGGGAAAAAUCAGAACUCGUUUCAGGGACGAAAUCCAUUUAUAUUUCUUGCUGGAGAGCUGGAAGCAGAAGAUGGGAAGCAGCCCUGCCUUUCUUACAGGUACUCUGUACUGGCCUGUACUCACAACAGCCUUGCCCAGAAACGUCAUAGACUGUUGUCCCUACUGGCACCUCUUCCCUUCUGACCUGGUGGACUUGGCACCUGAGCUUAUCCGGUCCUGGCCCACUUUCACCAAUCUGAGCAAUUUCCAGUUCUGGGAGAAAGAAUGGCGGAAACACGGGACCUGUGCUGGUUGCACUGAAACUUUGAACUCCCCCAACAAGUACUUCCGAGCCAGCCUUUUCCUGCACUCCAAAUAUAACAUCGACAGGGCAUUUCGAAGCGGUGCCAUCGUGCCGUCCUGCAACAGCAGCUACCAGCUCAACACCUUCAAGGAGCUUCUGCAACCUGUCCUGGGAGACCGAUAUGAACUGCAGUGCGUUAUAGACACUCAGGGACGCCAAAUCCUGGUCCAAAUCCAGGUGUCAAUUUAUAGCAACUUCUCCACAGGUUGCCUUCCGAAACCUUCCGACUACUCCCCUUAUAAGCCCUGCAGGGCCCAGAGCCCGAUUUUCUACUUCCCUCCAAACCAGGACAACCCACGCAAUCCUUGUCCAUGAUCAGAGUUCCUCAGAAGCACAGCCUGGGAGCGCAGAAAAGCUACCAGGAUCUGAAAUAAAUUUUUUUACAAAUU